AACAGAGCAGACCACAAUUGUUGUGUCAAAAUCGAAUGUCGUCGAAAUAAAUAUAGAAUUUCUUUUUACUCGGCUUUAACAUUAACGUUACUUGAGUUUCGUGCGUAUGAUUUGUUUUCUUUUUUCAAAAUACAAACAGACACCCAAUUUCACGCACCGGCAUGUUUUAGUACAACACAGUUAGUUACGUUUCGAUUACUUUUCGCCCGUUUGCCCCAAGACAUUCGUUUUAAGAGCAUUAAAUUCCCAAGCAAUUGCACAGUGGUCAACAGUCUGAGAAGCAGGCAAAUAAAAAUUGAAACACUCUCCCCGAUUCAGUGCAUUUGGAAAGCAAAAUUGUUCAAGUUCAAGCCAACAGAUAGAAGCGAAGCCAAUCGAUACAGGCCACAAAUACCUGGGCCAAAUACCACUGCCAAAUUCGAGCAUUGCCACUUCCGCUUACGAUGAAGCCCGACCAGAUAAACCGUUUGAUCAAAGUGAACACCCGCAUGCAGCCCUGGUUUCUGCGCAACACCAGCGAGCUGUACGAAAGUGCCGUUAGAACGUAUUACGAGCGCGGCUGCAGUUCACACAAUCGACAUCCGCGUUUCCGGACGGAGAACGUUGGUCCCUUGCGCCGGAUCAAGAGAGCGGAGGCGAAGCCCAGUGCAAACGAUAUCUAUCCGCGCAGCCACAUCAUGCAGGCGGACCAGGCGUCGGCGGCCAGUAACAGCAACUCCGGCCAAUUUCUGUACUCGAUGAUGCAGGCGAAUCGUUCGCGUUCCAUGUCCUUUACGGCGGCUCGUCCUUACGCCUCCGUUUACGGCCAGAAUUCCGUGCGAAGGGUCGCCAGCUCGAGCUGCUCCAGCGGGCGCAGUAGUGAGUCAUCCCGCACCGAGAUCCUGGUCGGAUCCUUGCGCAAGAGCAAGGCGAAGCGGGAGCGCAAAAGCCGUUCGAUGCGCAAGUGCAUGGACUCCAAAGAGGAGUCCCAUCUGAUGGACAUGGGCAUGUUCAGCGGCCGAUCCAUGAGCAUGCCACCCCGUCCAUCCGCAUCUGUUUUGGGAUCCGUAGCGAUGAUGCCGCCGAGCAGGCAACACCACAUUGCGGCCAUGGCGAAGAGCACACUGGCCCAGGGCAUCCAAAUGCCACGGACCGAUGGCGACCCCCUAAUGCCGGUGGAUGCCGCCCUCAAGCGUCGCAUUUCGGUGCUAAGCAAGUUGGAUGGUGGGCGAAAGCGGCCUGGUCUCGGUCCACUAGGCACUGUGUCGACCGAAAAUGGCAGCACCGUCACCAGAAACGGACGACAUCCGUCGGAGAUGCGCCUCCGCUUUCAGACUUUGGGCGAUCGCAUCAAGCAGUUCGAGUACAUCCAGUUUGCCGAUGGACCCGUGGCCACUUAUGCCUUCAAUCGGAGCCAGCAGAGACCCAUCAUUACCAGUGUCCGUGAUACGCCAAGGAGCCGCAUUGAGAAGAGCUCGGAAGGACCAACCAAUACUGACAACACCAGCAAUGCCACCAAAGCCUCCAAUGCCUCCACAGCCAGCGCCACCAUGCGACGCUCGCAGGUGAGACAACAGCCGCGCCAGCUGAGCUUCCACAAUGUCCUGCACGCUAACUAUCGCCAGAGGAGCCGAAGCCUGGAGUCCGGAUCCGUUCAGCCGAUGGCACCCAUGGCGCGACCCGCCACUCCACUCGGUCCUCGGGGAUUCGAUGGAACCCCUCGGGGAUCUAGCCUGGACAGCAGUUCGCGGACUAGUUUCAGGCCCAGCGCCUCGACAAUCACUUGGGAUAAUUCUUUGGGAAGAUAUGAAGAUGAAUCGGGCAAAAGGUCGGAGGUCGAUGCAAAGAGUUCGGAAGACACAUCGGGCGAUUGGGAUGUUAAUCCAGGUGAAGAUUGGCGCAAAUACCCCAGAACAAGUAGUCCAUGCGGAACGGGUUUCAUAUCGAAUGUAGCUAAAUCAGACAAAGCUUCGGUGGGAAACGCAAAUGCCAGUAGCCAAAAUUGGGGAAUCCCAUCUGGAUCUGGGACAAAAUUACGCUCAAUUGAUGGGAAAACUAAAGACGAUACUUUCGAUUCAAGAACAGUGAAUUCGGAGCACAGUAGAGCCAAUUCCGGUUCCACUUCCCAUGACACUUCACAAGCCACCUCGGCUUCGGCUUCAGUUCAAGAUGAGCCCAGUAGAGCCACCUUGGCGCCUGUGCGUCGCGUCCAGUUGCAGCAGCAGAGUCUGCAGAUCUCCUCCAAUGUGGAUGAAACGACCAGCGUGGAUCUGCCACUCAGCCACCUCGAGGCCAGGGAUCUGGCCAAGGACAAGGCCAAGAUGAAGCUGCCGCUGGAGGGUCCGCUGGACAAGCCGCGUGUGACCAAGGUGACCAGCAAUCAGGUGAGCCGCUCCAGCCAUCGAUCCUACCUGCAGCCUGCCAAAGAUGCCGUGCUGACGCACCCAAGGCUGGACAAGAAGCCGGAAAGGAAGGCAAAUCUAAGGCGGGAGGACAGGACUGCAGCCCAACUCAAGGGAGCCAAUCAGCUGCUGGUGGCGAGUGCCUCGCAGGUUUCGUCCUACAAGCGUGCCUUCCGCACCCAGCAGCAGAUACUCAAGGCGGAGAUCCUCCAUCAGCAGGCGCAGCAUAUGCAGGAAUCACCGUCAAGUCAAUCGGCCAUCGAGGGCUCCAAGCCAACGUCCAAGCUGCAGAGCCACCAAGGCGCGCCACAAUCAACCUCCAAUCGCAGCAAUGCUCGACCGACGGGCAGACGCAGUGCAGCCGGCUCGGGUGGCAAGGGGGCAGCCGUGUUGGGUGAUCAGCUGGUAACCAAAGCGGGAGCUGUAGCCCAUUCAUCAUCACUGACAGCCAAACCAGAAUCCGAUAGAUUCGUUCUGAAAACGAAGGGAUUGAAAAGAUCACAGUUGAAGACUGCUGCAACUGCAACAGCGUCCGUAACAGCGAAGCGGACUGCGCAGCAGACUGCUGCCGCAGUGGCAACGGGAAGAACAACAGCGAAAAGGGGGAAUGGAGCUGCGAUUUCUGGCGGUGGUGGAGUUGGGGGAGGGGGAAGGGGAGUUGGAGUUGGAGUUGGCGGAGCUGGUCGGAGAGCGGGAGAGGAAACGCCGACAGCAGCAGCGGCAACAACAACACGUCGAUCUGGGCUGACGGUGGCAGCGCAGCAGCAGCAAUCGUGCAAUGGUAACUCGCUGCUCGGAUUUCGGCGCGAAACGGUUAACCGCGCAGCGGCAGCGCUGCUGCAGCGACGCGACGCAGACGAGCCGCUGUCGCAGUUGCAGUUGCAGUCGCAGUCGCCGUCGGCGUCGCAGUCGGCGCAGCAGCGGCGGCAGUUCCACUUUCCAUAUUCCCCAUGGCGUCCCAGCUACUGAGUGCUCACUGUAUCCCAUUGUGUCGCCCGUACUCACCCACUACUCCCGCAAUUGUUUCCACCAUGAAGCGUGAGGGAGCCAGACAGAGAUAAAUCCAAUGUAAUGGUCAACUUAACAGUCCAAUAAAAUCUCACGAAAUCGA